GCUUUUUUUUUUUUUUUCUUUUUCUUAAAGAUACUUUUUCAGAAAGAGGAGGGAGACAGAUUAAGCAGAAUCAGAUCCUAGUACUUCAGGUGCAUACCGAACGUUUUGGAGCUGUUUUCCAGUCGGAGUUCGAGAUUUGGUCGCCUGGAUCUGAGUCAAGAUCCGAUGUUCUUCGCUAUUCAUCGGAAUUUUUACCAGAAUAACAAUCGCCGCCAUCAUUAUCAGCACAAUAGCAGCCACCAUCACCAGCAUGAUCUGGAUUGCUGUCACCGUCUCCGGCAGUCGACCCACGAGCGGCCUAUUCGUUCCUUUGCCUCCUCCCACUCUGGAGACAACCAGGUUGUGCCAAGUAACAGGACAAGUGAAGAUGCUGUAAGCGGUAUGAAUUUGAGCUCAAAUGAGAGGCUUCCUAGUGCUGUGCUGCUUGCCAAGGCAAGACUUGUUGAGAGACUGAGGGGAGUUCUUGUUUCUGGGAACAGGCGUAGUGGCAGAGCUUUAUCAGGCAAUUACGAGAGGGAAUACAUCGCUGGUGAUGAUUUAAGGCUUGUUGAUGCAGGGGACUGGGGUAGUGGUUCAUUGGCUGUAGGCUCUCCUUCUGCUAUGUUGACCUCUCAAACAGAAAGGCCUCAGUCCUUGCUAGAAACAAAGAAGAAGCCACCUGGUCUAAGUCAGGCCGCCCUGGACAGUCUGCAGCCUGAGAUUUUCAGCAGCAGGGAAAGGAUAUUGUCAAUGGAAUCAAGCACUUGUGUUCCCCGUAAAGAUUACUGGGACUGUACCAUAUGUUUGGAUAGCUUCAAGGAGGGAGACAAGCUUACACGGCUCCCUUGCGGGCAUAGAUUCCACUCUACUUGCUUGAAUCCUUGGGUUAGAACGUGUGGGGACUGUCCAUAUUGUCGAAGAGGUAUACGUCCUUGAGAAUUUUAAGAUAAACUCCUAUAGAAGUUACAUAGAUAAAUUCCUAUAGAAGUUAGGUAAAAAAUCUAUAAUUAAUUAUGAUGUAUCAUUAAAUAAUAAAUUGAUACAUAUUGU